AUGAGAUCUAUAUUUCGUAUACCUAUAUAUUUAAUAUAUGUACUAUACUUUAAUCUAUUAUUUGAAAUAAGUAUUAACAUAUAUAAAUCAUCAAGUAAUAGAAGUAUUGCUCAAAUUACCCCAAACAUUGAUUAUUAUGAUGAAUAUAAUACUAAUAACGAAUAUAAUAAACUAAUAGAAACAAUGAUUAAUAAUAAUUAUAAUGAAAUUGACUCAACACCUAUAUCUAAUGAUUUUUCCAGACAUUCAAUUACUCGUAAACCAAAAAGGAUAAAAAAUCGACGAAAAGGUAACAUGUCAGAAUAUAAAUAUAAUCAACUAAGAAGAUGUCAAUUGAAUAUUAUUAAUUGGUUUCAAAUCCUUUCGGAUUAUAUUUAUUUCUCUUUCAACUCUUGUUUUUUUCCAAAAAUAUUUCAUAGUGUUUAUUUUGAUAGCUUUAUGUUAUCUCUUAAAGUUUUGAAUUGUAAUCUGGAAUUUUGUAAUUAUAAAUUAAGAAAGAUUAAGUCCAAUGAAGAUUUUAUUCCAUUAAAAUCUCUUAGUCUUAAUAUUAAUAUUGAAGAUUCUACACUAAUAUCAUUUCCUUUUCAAAAAGGAGAAUUUAUUCAUUUAUUAAAAGAAACAAGAGUAGAGAUUAAAAAUAAAGUUUCUUCAUUAAAAUUAAUCAAGACAAGAAUUUCUAAACAUCUCAAUUACCGAUAUUGUUCAGAAUGCCUUUAUAAUAAUAAUAUAAAUACAUUAUUGAAUAUUAUAUCAAAUUUAUUAAGGAUUUAUGAAAUUAUGGAGUCAAACUCCAAGUUAAGUUAUUAUAAAUAG